AUUUCGUCCAUGUUGAAAAAUUUACGCGGACUCACUGGGCCAGUAUUCCGUUAGUGGCAGACAUUGCAAGUUCUUUUUUACAUCGUCGAAAACUGAACCGCUACUUGCUAUGGAAUCGGUUCUGUUUUGCCAGUACUUCGUAGUCGCUUGAAUAAUGCUGAACCUGAAACGCUGCGUUUUUAUUAUCCUGAUUGUUACUGUCAUAGAAAAAGUUUCGUCAGAUAAGCAUUUUACUUAUGAUGAAAGUAUUUACUACACUUUCAAUCAUAUCGAGUCCCAAAGUAGAAAUUUGCUCUGUGUGAUUUUUGGAUUUUGUUCGGCAGUUCCUGAGCAGAUAUCGACCCCAGCACAUCCUAUGCUGAAUGUAAUUUUCCAGUGGAAGCAAUUAGAAUUCGAUUACGCUGACGUCAGUCAACGUCAGCGGGCAAUCGAAAGUGGCACAUUUGCCGUUGGCACUUUUGGACCCAUCGACGUCGAGGUUUACUAUUCAUCUCGACCUUCUAACAAUCGCAUUUUUAUUACCGUUCCGAGAUUCACUACUGGAGUUCCAGCAUCUCUCGGUACUGUUACCAAUAGCCAUUUGGACGGAAAUCCAAUUAUCAAACCUUAUCCAUCGUGGUCUUGGCAUCAACGUUUGGACGAAUGUCAACCUCAGAGACUAGUGUCUGUUUUUCGGGUCAAAGUGGACGAAUGCAACAGAUUAUGGGUCCUUGAUUCUGGUAAAAUCGGUACCGAACUCAUAUGUCAACCACAAAUUCUGAUAUUCGAUCCGGAAACGGAUAAUUUGGUACAUAGAUACGAAUUUCCACCCUCCGUGCUCUCGCCAAUAUCACUUCUAAUAACCCCAGCGGUUGAUGUAAGAGACGCUGAUUUAGGAUGUGGCGAUACGUUCGUUUAUAUAGCUGACGUCAAAGGGUUCGGAAUUGUAGUAUACGAUCUGAGAAAUGACAAGUCCUGGCGAGCAGUUCACAGGUCAAUGUAUCCUUUUCCUUCUUUCGGUUUUUAUAACAUCGCAGGGGAAUCGUUCGAACUCAUGGACGGAAUAUUCGGACUUGGUUUAUCUCCAUAUCGGUCUGGUGAAGACAGAAAACUGUUUUACCACGCGUUGGCCAGCCCGACAGAAAAUUGGAUCUAUACUUCGCACCUUAGGAAUUACUCAAUCUUUGCCAACAACUCUCAAUCCCCUUCGCAAAUAUUUCACACUUAUUCAGGACAAAGGAAAACCCAGUCGGCUGCUGAGGCGAUAGAUAGCAACGGAAUAAUGUUUUUUGGACUGCUCUCCGACACUCAGAUAGCAUGUUGGAAUAUAGAAAUCGAAUACCAUCCAAAAAACUUCGACGUCGUGGCCAGUGACGUCACCAGUUUACAGUUUCCAUCUGGUAUCAAAGUCAUAAAAAAUAAUGAGGGAAUCGACGAGCUUUGGGUGAUGACAUCGAGGUUUCAAAAAAUCGCCAACGGCAAUUUAAAUCCAAACGAAACCAACUUCAGGAUCCUUGCUGGCCGAGUAGAUGAUCUGCUUGUCGGGAAGAAAUGUAAAAGGAAACAGCGCAUCGACCUAGAAACUUCUAAAUAAGAUUUUGAGGUUAUUACCGUCGCUGUUAAAAUUUACUAAAAUAUAUAUAUUACUAAA